AUGGGUGAGCGCGACUACGGUGCCUCCAUAGCCCAGCGCUUCCAGCAAAUCAUACUCUCCGACGACAGCGAGUCAGAAGAGGGCGAGGCAGCGCCCGUCGUCUCUCGAGGCCUCACAGCUCCACUGGGCUUGCAAGCAGUUGCCCUUCUUGCCCCACCUGCGCUCAGCGAUCACAGUGUGGACAGUGAGGGUGACGAUAGUGCUUCACAGGAUGAGUUGUUGGUGGUUGAGGAUCCCACGGAUUCGGAUGACGACUAUGACGAGCCCGGCGCCCAGGCGCAGGCCAGCAGCAGCGCGGGUCUGCACUCAGGUGUCAGCUCGCGGACCCAGAGCGCGCCGAGGCCAGCGCUUGAAGCCUAUGCCACACUACCCACCGCAUCUAAUCCUCACACACUUCCUCCCACCAACGUGCUGGCUUCCGUCCCCCCGGGCCACGACAAACUCGAGUCGUUUCUGGCAAGCUGGCGCUCUGAGCUGGCACAGGAGUCAGCAGACAGCGAGUCAGAUUUUGUUGCUGUGGGGCCUGCAUACCACGUUGCCAUCCCAGACUCGGCUAAUCUGGUCGCCAACGUGAAUCUUCCCCCUCACGGGCACCGUCGUUCGGUGCCCGCCACCGCGCCAGCCAAGAUCUCAGACCCGGCGGCCGCCGAUCCAACCCUCGACUAUCUCUACACCGUCGUGCGUCAGGAUGACGAAGUGAUGUACAUUCCACGCCGAGGCUACCUUCAGCAAUCAAGGCAAUCAAGCUUAAAAGCAACUCCGCCUCCAACUGCCGGCUCUCAAGGGCUCCUGACGGUGGGGUUGCUAGAUAUGCCCGAUCAGGUCUUGGACCGCAUCCUUCAGCGCUUGUCAUUUGUUGAUAUGAUGGCCUGUGCCCAAACCUGUCGACGGCUGUACGAGGCCUGUCAGCGCCAGCGACGACCUUGGCAAUGCCUUGAUUUUGGUCGCGUUGAAAAUGGGGCCACUGAUGCGCUUUGCCACAAGGCCCUCGUGCACAUUGACCGCCGUCGACUCCCACUACAGGAGCUGCACUUGCACGAUUGCCCUGCGCUCACUGAUGCAGCCCUCGCUGGUUGCGGAGCGCACGCAACCUCGUUGCAUACCCUCAUUCUUACUGGAUGCGACGCUGUAUGUCCGCGAUGGCCUCUCAAUCCAAUGGAGGACAGUGAAAAGCAGUGCCAUCGCACACAAGCUCACCCGUGCCCACUCCACCCGCAGAUAUCGGAUCUUGGCGUCUCACGCCUCCUGUCGCAAUGUCCCCUCCUGCGGAGCUUGGACGUGCGCCGUUGCGCUAAUCUCUCCGCGACACCACUUCUCCAGCGUGCGUAA